CUUCAAUUCAAGCUUUCGACAACAGCUCUUUCUAUUUCUACACUCUCGAAUCCAUAACUCUGCUUCCGAACGACCCUCGAACAUCUACAAAAUGGGUCUAAUCAACGCCCCCAACAAGGUGCCCCAACACCAGAAAUUCUACCAGCAAGCUUAUAGAAAUCACGUCCGACUCUGGUGGAUUAACCCGCGAAGCCCCUAUCUACUUAUUCCUUACCAGGUCCUGAUGUGGAGCACUUUCGGAGCUUCUAUGUAUAUGAUGGGACGCAAGAUUGCAGGCUACAACACGUGGUUCGGCAAGGACUAGACUGGAAAAGAGAUUACGAAUAGCAUUGUAGAUGAGAGAAGCGAGGACGACCACAUAUGUCCUAUCAGGCUGGAGAAUAUACGGCUGUUCAUACAAUCCCUACGAGUUUCCUUCUAGUUUUGAUGCCUUCAUAAAUCAACCCUCUUAUAUCCAGGAAGUCGCGGAAU